AUGAAUCGUGGGCGGCGACCUCCAAACACCUGGCAGGACUUUCCUUCGAAGAUGAAGAACGGGUAUCCCAGCAAGACACCUCCCGAGGGUGUUGCAGGUGUUCGGAGCGUCCGACACGUCGAGCUGCCACAUGUGCCUAUCAAAUGGGAGCGCGGAAAGCACACGCGGCCGCACUUCUUCGGCUGGCCGGUCACAUGGGAGUGGCUCGAGCUUUUCAGGAAAUGCGCCCGCCUGUACUCCAAACAUCGUUUUGGAGGACACGUUUACGCGUUGCUGAGGGAGCUGUCUGGGGCAGGCAGCGACGGCUUUGAUCUCAACAUAAGGGUGGCCGUGCACGAAGGCGUGCCGCUCCAGCUUAACGACAAAGACGAUGAAUUUCCGCCUAAAGAACUGAGGUUCGAGAUGGUGGCGAUCCGGGACACAUUGACCGCGGAAUGCUACUUCGGCACGCGGCCGACGGAGGCCCAGUACGAUUGGCUGGACUCAAUCCUGCCUGGACAGGCGCAGUGGUACAAGAGUAUUUGGACCAGGCAGAGUAUUAUUGAGCUCGAGAUGUAA